AAUGAUUCGGGAUUAUGGUGUCAGGUACGCACAACAAACGAACUGGCACUGACUGCGUCUUCCAGAGGUUGUGUUGCUGCACUCGGAGGAAAGCUGUAUUCGACCGGCCGUGCCUCCGGCAGGGGUGUCGCACCGUCACGGAGCCAACAAGCUAGCCAGUACAUGACGGUGGCAAACAAAUGCGCGAAUAAUUAGCAACAAUUAGUAUUCGGCCCACGCAUUACCAGAAUGAAGAAACGGGCUGAUGCGUAAAACAGACAAAAGCCCGCCAAAAACGUGUCCGCUUCCAUCCGUGAACAAACCACCGUACAAGUAUGACAUUCCCUUCGAAAUACAGCUUCAUCAAGCCACAGACGCUGUUGCUGUUGCCUGUACCAAAGAAACAACCGAUCGUUCGGUACCCGUACGUGGUGGCCGGUGGAGCGACAGUGUUGUUGUUGGCCAUCGUCUGGUUGGUUGCUAGUCUUCGUGGCGGUGGCGAAACGGUCGGCGAACGGUUAUCCCUCGAUCUGGCCGAUAUACCACAGUUGGUGCUGGACAAGGAGUCGGAACUAGCACGGGCCCGCAACCGGAACUGCUCCUACUGGGACUGCUUCAAUGUGUACCGGUGCGGUCAGCGUACCACCACGCUGGACGAUGACGACGCGGAUGGUGAGCGUAUAUCGAUCUACGUUUACCCGCUGAAGGAAUACCUCGAUGCGGACAGUAAGCGACCGGCGGCGCAACUAUCGCGCGAGUUCUACCGCAUUGUGCAGACUAUCGUAAACAGCCCGUACUACACGGCAAACCCUAACGAAGCGUGUCUUUUUCUACCGACGCUGGAUACGCUUAAUCAGAACCGCAUCGAUACGACCCUCGUUGGGAAAGCGCUCGCGUCGCUACCGCACUGGGAAAAUGGGGAGAACCAUCUCAUAUUCAACUUCAUCCCUGGUAACAAACCGGACUACAGUACGGUGUUGGACGUAAACACAGAUCGUGCCAUUAUUGUCGGUGCCGGUUUCGAUAGCUGGACGUUUCGCACGGAUUUCGACGUGUCCGUUCCAGUGUACAGUGCGGCACUGGAGGAUUACCGCUGGCCGGAACCAUCCUCCGAUCGCACAGUGUUACUGGUGGCCGCCCAGCUCAAUCUAUACCCGCGGCAGUUUCGCAUCCUGCAGGAGCUAACGUACGACUAUCCGAACGAAAUGUUGCUCCUGCAGCGGUGUCCAACCGCAACGGCGAAGGUGGACGAGAUGCUGGACAUUACGCAAGCCGGGGACGAACCGCGCCAUCCACCGACCGGUAGCUUGGAGGACAUACGGUGUAACUUCCCGCACGGUAACGAGCACGAUUAUCCGGCAGUGCUUGGGACCGGUACGUUCUGUCUGGUGGCACGCGGUGUGCGGCUCGGCCAACCGAUACUACUCGAAGCGAUGGCGGCCGGUUGCAUACCGGUGGUGAUGGCGGAUAACUACGUGCUGCCGUUUGCCGAUCUGCUCGAUUGGGAACUGCUGGCGGUGCGGUUGCACGAGACCAACCUGCACACGAUCGUCCCGGUGUUGCGUGCGAUCUCACCCGAACGAAUCGCGGAAAUGCAAGCGCAAAUACGCUCCGUUUAUCACCGGUACUUCGCCACACUCGACCGGAUCGUGUUGACCGUGCUGGAGCAGCUGAACGAUCGUAUCUUUCCGCAUCGGAGCCGUACCUAUCUGCACUGGAACGUUGGAUCGGAGACGAGGGUUACGCAGAAUCCGCUCUUCCUGCCACUGAUCGCACCGAAGGCGCAAGGUUUUACCGCCGUCAUCCUCACGUACGAUCGGCUCGAGAGUCUAUACAUACUCAUACAAAAGCUCGCAACCGUACCGUCGCUGCAGAAGAUGCUGGUGGUGUGGAACAACCAGCGGAAGGCUCCACCCCAUCCGUCGCUAUUUCCCAAAAUUGGCAAACCGUUCAAGAUCAUACAAACCGCCGCGAAUCGGCUAUCGAACCGGUUUUACCCGUACGAAGAGAUUGAAACCGAGGCAAUACUUACGAUCGACGACGAUAUCGUCAUGCUCACGGCGGACGAGCUCGAUUUCGGGUACGAAGUGUGGCGCGAAUACCCGGACCGUAUCGUCGGCUUUCCGAGCCGCACCCACGUCUGGGAUAAUGCAACCGGCCGGUGGCGGUACGAAUCCGAAUGGACGAACCAAAUCUCGAUGGUACUGACCGGUGCCGCCUUCCACCACAAAUACUGGAGCUAUCUCUACACGCACGCGAUGCCGGGCAACAUAAAGGAGUGGGUCGACGAGCACAUGAACUGUGAGGACAUUGCGAUGAACUUUCUGGUUAGCAACAUUACCAACAAACCACCGAUCAAGGUGGCACCGCGCAAAAAGUUCAAAUGCCCGGAGUGCACCAACAACGAGAUGCUGUCCGCCGAUCUGAACCACAUGACCGAACGGUCCGCCUGCAUCAAUCGGUUUGCGGAAAUUUACGGCACGAUGCCGCUGCGGACGGUUGAGUUCCGGGCCGAUCCGGUACUGUUUAAGGAUAACUUCCCGGAAAAGCUGAAGCGCUUCAACGACAUCGGCAGUUUGUAGGGUGUCCCAUCAUGCCACCUGGAACGCCAUAUUGAUUAGUAGCAUUAGAGGCAGGUUGUAGCAGGUAGGGAUUUAUGUUUGUGUACAGGUUGUGCUGUUUGUUUCGUUUCGUCUAUACGUAUACGUGUGGCCAUAUACCCGAACGCUCGCGGGUUGGCCGGUUUUAAUCUGGAACUUAUUAUGCUUAUUUAUGAGGUUAGAUACACAUAUGUAAUACAUUAUUAGCAGCAAUAAGCAAUGCGCAUGGAGGUUAAAAGGGGGUUAGGGUUCUACGGCUAAGGUUAUAGCGUCAAGUAUCAUCCGACGAGGGUGUGUUCAGUUCACCACCUGAUAAUAAGUUAUACGAAUGCUCCGUUUUAUGGUACAAACAUUAUUCCAUAGUGAAAGGUUUCACUUUAUCAGUUAAUGAGAUUAAUACUUUAAGUUUACACAGUCAUAGACUUGCUCCACACAACACAUACCCAACAACGAUAAAUUCCCCCCCACACGCGCCUGGUGGUUCAGGCACCAAAACUCACCCCCCACUUACGUCGUCCGGAUGGUGAAGAUUUGUUUACACUAUUUACAUAUCAAACUGAAACGUUUGCUCCAAUUGCGUCCGUGUACUGAAAUGGUACAUAUUUGUUUUUUUUUUAUUUUGCUUACCAAACUCCUACUAGUCGCGUUCAUGAGCUUGGAUAAUUUCGUAGAGUUGAAUGUCUGCGCACAGAGCAGCCUGUAAUAGGUCAAUCGUUGUGCUUGCACGUGCUGCUAUCAGUACUGUGAACAAAACGUUUUAAAUCGCAUAAAAAAAUAACCGAAAGGUCCGACAGUCGAAUGCUCCAGAAUUAGAGAAAUAUCUUAAGGUACUACGCCUCUUAUUGUACAUUAAAGAAGCAGAUAAGUGAUAAAAAGUGGUCAACAGGAUCAAAUUCAUAACGAGAUUCAACACACUCGCUCGCUCAUAAGUACAGAUCAUAUAACAAUAGCUUUAUGGCGUCUGCCCCAUUUACGAUCAAAUUAUAUAUAUAUAUAUGAAAAAAAAAAUACGUACACUCUAGCUCAUACUACAAUGUUUGCUAUUAGAUACUCCACGUUUGAAUACGUAGUAAAAUGGUGCAUAGUGCAAUGAAUGUUCUACUAGAAGAAAUUAAUAUAUAUAUAUACACGUAUAUCUUACCAUUUGAA